CGAGUGCAAGAUGGCGGCGAGGAAGGGAUACGAGGUAAGGCCUACCGGUGUUUACAGUGGCAAAAGAAGGAUUUGCGUGGCGAGUUCGUGCCAGGGAGUUAACGGGAGAUAGCCUUGAGUUUCUGGUGAGCGAAGAGGAGAGACACAGAAGGCGAGAUGGCUCUGAGGCAGUGUGCUACCAUGGCCCUGAGGAAUGGCCUUGGUGGAAGACAACAAGUGGCUGCUGCUUCUUCACUGGCCAAAAUUGGCAACAGAGAUGUAGUGGGUUUCGGGGUGAAUGGUGCGCCUAACUAUUAUGACCGUGUUGACUUCCCCAUGCCUGCCAUCCGCUUCAAGGAGAACACACCUGAUAUCAUGGCUUUGCGGGAAAAGGAGAAGGGUGACUGGAACAAGCUAACUGUGGAAGAGAAGAAAGCUCUCUACCGUGCUUCCUUCUGCCAGACCUUUGCUGAGAUGAAGGCACCUACUGGUGAAUGGAAGAGUGUACUUGGCAUUAGUCUUAUUGCCUCCUCCAUUGCCAUCUGGAUAUACCUGCUUAUGAAAGUCUAUGUUUACGAUGCCAUACCAGACACUCUCUCCCCGGAGAAGAAAGAGGCCCAGCUCAAGAGAAUGAUUGACCUUCGUGCAAACCCCAUACAUGGUGUCUCCUCAAAGUGGGAUUAUGAAAAGGGAGACUGGAAGUAAGCCCGUUCUCUGCCCUGCCUCGCUGCCACGUUAGAAUAGGUACCAACAAUCAUCUUGAUUAGUCCCCAGUGCAUCAUAAAAUUUAUCUUCUCACUACAGUGUUUUAACUAUUUUGGUACCAAGUAACAUUAUGGGGCAUGAUGCAAAUGUAUCAUCAGUAUAACUUUUCCUUUCAAUUUUAAAGUUUCAUACAAAUUAAUGAGAUUGGUGCUCAUUUCCUAUUUUUUUCUUGCUCCUUGAGGUUGGAGACAUAUUGCUAAAUUUACUCUUGGUAUAAAUUAUAGUUUUCAUAAGGUGGGAGUGAUAUUCAAGUUGUACUUCGUCUCACCCCUCUUUGCCUCCCAACACAGAUACCCCAUUCCAGCUCCCUGACUCAAUAAUAGUGUACCUCUUGCAUUUGCACUCAGAAUAUGGAUAAGGGAUGGACAAGAGGGCAUACAUCAUUGAGAUGCAAUGUAUGGAGCAACUUGUUAAGCAGUUGUUACUUAACUUUUCCUUAAGUUACACAGCAAUAUCUUUCAGCCUACCAACAGAUCACCACCCCAAUGCAGUCAGGGAGCAAGAGAAUAUUGUAAAUAUGAGCUAUUAUUUAAGUCGCUGUGUAGUAAAUGGUGACAGACUGA